AUGGCCGGCUCCAACUCGGCGCCCGAGCUGCGCGGCAUCAUACCCAACUCCUUCGCGCACAUCUUCAGCCAUAUCGCCAAGGCGAAGGAUGACGAGAAGUUCCUCGUAUGCGUGACAUACCUGGAGAUCUACAACGAGGAAGUGCGAGACCUGCUGGGCAACAACCCGCACCAGAGUCUCGAGGUCAAGGAGCGGCCCGACAUCGGAGUCUUUGUAAAGGAUCUUACAGGUUACGUGGUCCACAAUGCGGACGAGUUGGAGAAGAUAAUGGCCGUGGGCAAUAAGUACCGGCACAUCGAAGCCACUGCGAUGAACAUCGAGAGUUCCAGAUCCCACGCCAUCUUCUCUAUCACCGUGGAAAGCAUCAAGAAGGGCGCCGAUGGGAAGACGCAUGUUAAUAUGGGGAAAUUGCACCUUGUGGACUUGGCGGGUUCAGAGGGUCAGAGCAAAACCCAAGCGACGGGCACACGGCUGAAGGAAGCGACGAAGAUCAACCAGUCGCUGUCGGUUCUUGGUAACGUCAUCUCCGCGUUGGUGGACGGCAAGUCCACCCACAUCCCGUACCGGAACUCCAAGCUGACCAGGCUCCUGCAGGACUCUCUUGGCGGGAACUCCAAGACUGUUAUGAUUGCAACGAUCGGUCCGGCGGAAUCGAACUACGUGGAGACGAUAAGUACUCUCCGCUACGCGAACCGCGCAAAGAACAUCGAGAACAAGACUCAUGUCAAUAGCGAGCCUGGGGACGCUCUGCUCACCAGGUUCCAGCAAGAGAUUGAUCAACUCAAAAAGCAGCUGGAGGAAGCCGCCAACGGUUACGUGGUCCACAAUGCGGACGAGUUGGAGAAGAUAAUGGCCGUGGGCAAUAAGUACCGGCACAUCGGAGCCACUGCGAUGAACAUCGAGAGUUCCAGAUCCCACGCCAUCUUCUCUAUCACCGUGGAAAGCAUCAAGAAGGGCGCCGAUGGGAAGACGCAUGUUAAUAUGGGGAAAUUGCACCUUGUGGACUUGGCGGUAAGGCUUAAUUUCUAUUUGAUAAAACUUCAUAGCUUAAAUUAA